AAAACCUUCCAACAAAGAAGGUUUCAAAUUCAUAAUUCCUCUUCUAUUUUCAUAUAUAUAUUGAUAGACUUUGGGUCUGCCAAAAAGGAGCAUAUGCUUCAAGUACUAUGAGCAAAUAGAGGACGGGGCGGAGGAAAGAAGAGAGGUCCUGACUUUCGCGUCCGGAACUUCUCUUUGAUCAUCUUAGCUUUUGUGGGCGAGACUAAGAGAAAGUGGGUCACAACAGGCAGCUCAAUCACCAUGUCUCUGGGCUACGCAGAGAAGCUUUCGUACAUAGAAGACGUAGGACAAGUGGGAAUGACAGAACAUUUUGACCCACCUCACGUCUUAGAAGAAAAGAUUGAACGACUGACUACGAUGAUACAAAAGAGUAAGCAUUUAGUAGUGUUUACCGGUGCAGGAAUAUCAACCUCUUGUGGUAUACCUGAUUUUCGAGGUCCUAAAGGAAUAUGGACUCUUCAGCGUGAAGGUAAAGCCUUACCAGAAGCAUCACUGCCAUUUCAUCGUGCAAUGCCAAGCAUUACUCAUAUGGCUUUGGUUGAGUUGGAGAAGGCUGGUAUAUUGAAGUUCAUCAUUAGUCAGAAUAUUGAUGGCCUCCAUCUUCGAUCUGGUAUACCAAGAGAGAAACUUGCUGAAUUACAUGGGAACUCAUUCAUGGAAACUUGUCCAUCAUGUGGAGCUGAGUAUUUGAGGGAUUUUGAAGUAGAAACUAUCGGAUUGAAGGAUACUUCACGGAGAUGUUCUGAUGCCAAUUGUGGAGCUAAACUAAGGGAUACAGUUCUUGACUGGGAGGAUGCAUUGCCUCCAAAGGAGAUGAAUCCGGCUGAGAGACACUGCAGGAUGGCUGAUAUUGUAUUGUGUCUAGGGACGAGCUUGCAGAUCACUCCAGCAUGCAACCUUCCUCUGAAAUCACUUCGUGGUGGGGGGAAGAUUAUAAUUGUUAAUCUUCAGAAAACACCGAAGGAUAAAAAAGCAAGUUUGGUUAUCCAUGGUCGCGUAGAUAAGGUCAUUGCAGGCGUAAUGGAGAUCCUAAACAUGCAAAUUCCCCCUUUUGUUAGAAUUGAUCUUUUCCAGAUUAUACUUUCUCAAGGCUUGAGUCUUGAUAAGAAAUUUGUUAACUGGACCCUCCGAAUAUUAAGCGUACAUGGACAGAAAGCUCCACUGCCAUUCAUCAAAUCUGUUGAGAUUUCGUUCUUGGAUAAUCAAGAUUACAAAUCAACUACUUUGCAGAGCCAACCGUUUCUCCUUAAAAGAAGAACGGUAAAGGAAAAGUCAUUUGAAAUGGUUUUGAGGCUCAAUUUCAGCGAAGGUUGUGGUAGCUCUCAUGCUGAAAUUAAUGUCCCCGUUGAUUUUAAGGUCUCUGCAGACUGUAUGAAUCUCGAUAAGGAAGUUGUAUUUCAGAGACUAAUAGAGGAGACAGUUCAAAAUUCCUUUUGUGGAAAAAGCGCAGUUAUUGAGCGAAAAGCCAUCUCAAUCCCAAAAAGUGAGGUCACUGUAUAUGCCAUCGUAACUAACAUUAUUAGAUACGCCAAAAGCUUGAAAUCAUUAGCAAUAGAUUCACUUAGUAACGGGGAUGUCAAACGACAACGAGAAAGCAUAAAUGGUUCUGCCACAUCUAGGAAGCGUUCAAAACGAAAGAAGCGAAAAUAUAGACAUUAGUCUGCAAACUGUAUAUAUCUUGUCAUUUUUCAAAUCACUGAAAAAAUUAACACACGAGGACUGGGUGGAUUUUGUUAGAUAUGACACUCAGGUCCCAGGAAGUGACAUAGUUAGAACAGUUAAUGGAACGUAUCAACUAACCAUUCUAAGUUAAACUUACUUUGGAAUCCAUCUAUAUCUGGUAUAUAGGUUAAGUAUGAAGUGUAUUGGUGACUGCUGGUAAAUUAUGUUCAUAGCUUUUGGAAUUAUUGGUACCCUGAGCUAGUACAUCUGGGGGCUCUCCAUUGGAUAUUCAGUUUUCAGUUA